AUGGACCCAUCUGAUCCCCUGAGCUUCGUGCAUAAAUCCAUCUUGCUCUCUACCGGUCGGCAAUAUCACUACGUCGAUCAGCUGCCCUUGACGUACGACCAUGCAUCGAUUGUGACGCUCGUUUGCGUGCAUGGGUUUCCCGAUCUUUGGUAUGGCUGGCGCUAUCAAAUCCGCCCUUGGGUGGAACGCGGUUACCGCGUAGUCGUUCCCGACAUGCUCGGCUACGGCACUACAGACAAGCCAUACGAUAUCGGAGCUUACACGACGAAGCGCUUGUGCGAGGACCUUGUCGCUUUGUUAGAUCAUAUUGGCGUACGGAAAGCGGUUAUGAUCGGGCACGAUUGGGGUUCUUUCACGGUUUCGAGGUUCGCUCUCUGGCACCCAGAUAGGAUCAUCGCACUCAUCCAGUUAUCCGUCCCGUACACUCCUCCAGCUCCCGAGUACAUAUCCGUGGAAGAGAUGGCUCGACGUUACUCGAACUUUGCAUACCAAGUCUACUUUGCGGACCCAUCGUCCACGCAAGAAAUAGAGGACAAUGAAACGCAAUAUUACCGCUCCUUCUUUGAGGGGGCGAUGAGGGGGCCACUGAACUACUAUCGUACUGCAAGACUCCGCUUCGAGGAAGAGAAAGCGGCCAACUUGCCAACCACCCUGCCCGCUUCGCUACCAGCUCUGUUGAUAUGGGGCACCGAGGAUCCCACGUGCUUACGGCCCGUCGUCGCCCGUGCACACAAAUUCGUGCCAUCUUUGCGGGAGGUGUCGGUGGAGGGAUGUGGACACUGGAUCAUGAUAGAAGCGAAAGAUGCGGUGACGCAAACCGUGCUCGACUUUCUCGACAGUGUCCAUCUUUUAGGAGAAAGGCCGGUCGCGGCCAAGUUGUGA